ACUACCCUGUUGGUGAGUUUGUUGUCGUUUCUUGCUGCUCUGCUGCUGUUUUAGCAGAAACUUCAGACAUGAACGUGUCUGUCAGACCUGCUGUGGACUUAAGUAGCGGUUUGGAGGAUGUUCCUGUUUUAUUUGAAGGGCUGACAUUACCUACGUUUCAGUAUUCCCCAGAUAACGUUCAGGGACCGGGAUGCACCGUUGACCCCAGUGAAGUCACCCUGCCUGGAUGCUCCUGCCUUUCACACUCCUGCCCCACUGAGAGCUGCUCCUGCCUGCAGACUCAUGGUCAGGCAUACAACUGCACCGGCACGCUGCUGGAACUCAGCAGAACAGACUUCGGUUACUGCUCACCUGUGUUUGAAUGUAAUGCCCUUUGCACCUGCAGUGACACCUGCUCUAACCGGGUGGUGCAAAGAGGGCUACGCCUCAAGUUGGAGGUCUUCAACACCUGCAACAGGGGCUGGGGAGUUCGUACCCUCGAGGAAAUCCCACAUGGGACAUUUGUGUGCGAGUAUGCAGGGGAGGUGAUCAGCUUUGGGGAGGCCAGACGCAGACAGCUUGGCCAGAGAUCUGAAGAAAAUAAUUACAUCAUUGCCGUAAGGGAGCAUGCAGGUACAGGCUCUAUCACUGAGACGUUUGUGGACCCGGCCCAGGUGGGAAACGUAGGCCGCUUCCUCAACCACUCCUGCCUGCCCAACCUGUUCAUGUUGCCAGUACGCGUGCACUCUGUAAUCCCCAGAUUGGCGCUGUUCGCUGGACGGGACAUUGACGCUCAAGAGGAGUUGACAUUCGACUAUUCAGGAGGACACACGAGCCAAAAUCCUGUAGAGCUGCUGUCCACGCAGAGCGACGCUGAUGUACAGGCCAGUAGGACAGAUGGACUCCAGAGGAAAGCAUGUCACUGUGGUGCCAAUAAGUGCGCACAGUUCCUUCCUCUUGAUUUAUCUAUUCUCAGCUGAUCUAAAAUACAUUUCAUUUCAUGUUUUUUUUUUAUCUAAAUUUUGAGGAAUGGAUUGGUUUCUAAAGAUUUUUCUCAAACCUGAAACCUUUUCUGUGGAUUUUCUUUAUUCAGUUAUCUGUUGGUCUAUUUUCAGUUUCCUUGAAAUCUUGGUUAAUUCAACCGCUCAUUAGAACAACACAAUGCAACACGUUGGUGGCUCCAUGAACACAAUUAGCUGCAUGAGUCAUGUCUGCGCCCGUCAUUGUUUCCUGUUUGGUCCCCUGAGUGUCUCUUGAUCUGCCACUGUCUUAAUGCCAUCUCCCACUCACUGUAAGAUGAUGCAAUGAAAAGAAGAGUAGCAAGUUUUAUUUUUCCGAGGGAGCAAACUUGUUGAUAUUCUUGUCUGUUCUCUAUAGGACGUGUCCCGCUGGGUUUACAGCUAUCAUCUCGCCCUGGCACAGUUAAGUCCCAUUUGUCACAUCACACAUGAAUCUGGAAAGAGAAGGAAAAUCAUUUGCACUGGCAGAUGUGAAAGGAAAGAUGUUUAAUGGGUUUCUUUUAAUAGCCAUGCAAGACAAAAUGGGUCUUUACACCCUUACAGUUGCUCAAACUCUGUUCAGGGGAAUGUUGAUGUCACUGGAAUAGGAAAAAUUCAUAUAUAAAGUAAUAACUGUCACGUCACCAUCAGCUUGACAUGUCUUUGUUGUUGUAAUGCAAUGCGGCCCCUCCUUUUAGAUAUUCUCGGCAUCUCAUCGCACUCAAACCUCAAGAGAGGUGGGACCAAUUAAAAAGGGCCAAGGGAUAUAGUUUAUAUAGAAACAGACUUUAUUCCCCUGUCAAAGGAGGGGCGAAGGUGUCCCACUUUAGUGUGACCAUUCUGAAAUCAGGACCUUCUCCUCUCAAUCUGCCCCGUUUCUAGUCUAGACCUGCUUUCAUCUUAUUAAUAUCCACAUCUGGGUUAAUUAGGAUGGAGACCAUGUUUCAUCCAGAAAUGGGACCAAUGCUCGAGCCACACUGGGGCUGAUAGAGACUAAAUGGUGGUAGGGAUGGGAGGGGGGAGGAGAUGGAAGCCUCCUGCUGAUCGGAGACAGCUGUCAAGUUGAUUGGUUUUUUGUGUCACCCAGUAGAGAGGCGAGUGUUGUAUCGACCUAUAUUUUCUCCUCUGGAAGGGUUACCUGAGAUUGUUUCUGUUCAGGAUGGGAAGUUCUUUGCUCCCGAUUUAGUCCACAUUGAGGAUUUAAAUCUUAACUCAAAGGAAUAGUUUGGCAUUUUGGUUAAUGUGCAUAUUAACUUUGUUUCCCAGGGUUAAACAAGAGGAUCAGUGUCUUCUCUUGUGUGCAAUGUAAAUAUGAGGCAUAGUCUAUGAUAUGAAGCAACCGGUUAGCAUCACAUUUCAUACAGACUGAAAGGAAGGUGAAACAGCUUGUGUGGAUCUGGCUAAAGGUAAAAAAACAAACAAAAAAACAACCUUUAGAGCUGCAUGGUGGGUUUUUCCCGGCUCAGAACUGACCUUUGAGGGUGAUAAAUAUGCACAAUAGUAGGCAUAAUCAGUCUGCACAUCAUGACCACGAUGAGUCUGUCUUACCUUAUUUCACAUGAAUGUGCGCCUUCUUGGGUGACUCUUUUUGGAUGAUUUGUUCAUCCAAAACGUAAAUUUUGCUGGAGUAAAUGAAACCCCAAUUCACAGCAAAGGUUCUAAAACAAUGAUAUUUUUAAAUUCAAAAUUCUUAUUAUUUUGGGGCUGGUGAGUUUCCACUGGAGCUUCAACCCCUAUGCCAUUUUUGUUUCUAAGUUUCAAAGAAUUUUUUGUUACAAUAAAUAGUGCUUUAUUUUUGAACCGUUUUAUCUGUGGAUAUUAUUUUCUUUUGGAUGGGUGUCGGUUCAGACACCUAGGUACAGCCACCACAGUGGCUAUAUAGGUUUAGGAAUAGCCACUACAAUGCCAAACAUUUCUUUAUGCAGGACAAACCUCAACGUUUCUAAAGCAUACAGCUGUAUUAAAACAAUAAGCCAAACUGAAAUGACUCGAAUAGAAGAACAGGUGUAGACAUAUGCAGUAUUUUCCAAUGGAUAAUAAUACACAGUAUAUCGUCAGAAAUACUGCACAGCUAUGUGAGAAAACGUGGCUGGAUACUAGCCUUGUCUGUGGCCUUGGAGAAAACUAGGACAGAGAUUAUACAGGAAAAAAUGCCCCAAAAGGACAGAAAUGUACAGGAAGUGGUACAUCUGGCUUUCUCCUUAUCUAUGUAGUGGUGUGGUAUUUUACCUCUGUUAACAGUAGAUUCUACUGAUUUGAUAAAAGAGAUUCCACUGUCCAUUCAACUAAUCUACUGUGAGUAUAACGAGAAAAACAGUCUUUCUUCGAAUUUGUGACUCAUGUCAUUUUUGAGUCAGAUGUCCCUGGGAUCCCUAUGGCAACCGGCUGUGUGUACAGGAGGUGAUUUGGACAGCAGCGGUUGGUUCAGAGGUGCACGACGGCUGAUCUAAAAUCCUGGCUGUUGAAGAGCCGGGCUGCGAAUGAAUGGCUCCUUUCCAGGAUUGUCACCUAGCAACCAGCAGUUAAUCACAUGAGGAAAAUGGGUCUGCAAACCUCUAGAUGUUUAGUUUGGGAUGAUGUGCUCAUACUACCCUCAUCCUGACGUCCUCUAAAGGCUCCUGGUUCACCUGUAUGGAUCACUUUGGUAAGACCUGGUUUCUUCCCUGUCUUAAUCAGUGCUGCUCAAACUCUUCUAAAGACCUCUGAUUUGAUUGGUCUGGUUGAUUGAUUCAUUAAGCACCCGAUUAUGUCCCACCUGGCCUUAUUACCUACCUGAUUGGAUCAAUGCAGCUUAGGGGCUGCUUGUUUUUGCACCAAGACUAAUUCUUUUUUUUAUUUAGCUUCUUGACAACUUUGAUUACUUCCUCUAAACAGAUGUGUGGAAUUGGUACAACACAUUAUUUCAUAUAAAAAGACUGGUUCUGAUCAAACAUAAUCAUGAUAAAACAAUAGGAACCUAAAUUGCCUAAGCAGUUUAGAUACUUUAAAGCAGACAUGUAAAAUACAUGAUUGUUGUUUCCUGCUUGUGGUUUUAUUCCACUUCCUCUCAGGUUUUCUUUUUUUAAAAUGUAAAGUUAGGUGACAAGUUUGGUCACUUAGAGUAAGAGCCCAACCAGCAAUAUAGACUGAAAGUAGGGAAACAGAUGCUAAGAGGUGACUGAACCACUUAUAGCCCCUCUAAAGCUUAAUAAUUAUGUACUUUAUUUACAGUACAAUUCCCUAUAUAUUUAAGGAAUUCUGUAGUUUUGAUUGAUCCUUAAUUGUGUAUAUUAACAUGCUACACUGUACAUUCCCAACUCAUUUAUGAAACCAAAGUUGUCAAUUUUUUGUUAUGAUUAAUGGUUUGUGUUACCUUCUUGGUAGUUUAGGUGCUGGUAGGUGGACUUUUGUUCCCUUUGAACAAACAGUUUUCUGUUUUCUUCCAUUUCCAGUCUUUAUGCUAAGCUACUAUAUAUUUACUAUACAGUGACAUUCGUCCUUUAAAUAAGCUCUUACAACUAUUUUCAAAUGUUGAACUAUUCCUCUAAAGGAAAUGAGUCAUAACCUUGACAGUGAAGGGAAAACAAUGUAGUAUUUCCUAUAAGUGACACUUAUAGCUGCCACCAAAGUUACACAGUCUCCCUUUAAGGACAGAUUUUGAUUCUUACAAAUAGGGUGUGUUAUUAACAUUGCACGUUGCCCUUCUUUGCAGCCCCAAAUUGAUUUAGGUUAAUAAAUCUGGUACCUAAACGCCUUGCCAAGUGGAGCUUGAAAGGGCAAGAGAUGAGAUACACCUUGAUGCUUAUGAGAACCAUGCAUCACAUUGAUAAAAGAGUGAGACACUAUUUCAGGGUGAGUGACCAGUGGAGAAAUUACAACUGGCAGUCCAUUUGUACAAAACUGGAGCACCUCUCUGAUGAGGGAGCAGAUGUCCUUGCCUUGAAUCCUGCAGCCAAAUCAUGGGGAAAAAAAGAGAAAACAUGGCAGCUAUCUGCUGGGCCUCAGCUGGGAAAGACAUUUCAAAGUCCAAUUUAAAGCAUUUCUUCGAACUCUUGACUUUGUUGUGAUGUUGGCUGGUCUAAGUCGCCAUUUCUGGUGGUAACAAUGUUUUAAAGGUUUUGAUAUGAGAAGACCCUGAUGACAGGGAAUAUAAUAAGGUCUCAGUUUGCAGCAGAAUGUGUGAAACAUUGCCCUCAUUAAUUAGAUCUUCUUGCUUAAAUAAUGACGUCAGUACAUGUAUGAAAUCAAUUGUUUGAACCGCAUGGUGCCAUGCAAGUUGAAAUCUGUUCCCGCUUCUGUCGUACUGAUGAAAAAUGCACUGAUUAAACAGCAUGUGGCUUUUAAAUGGCUUCCACAGUGGCAUACUCUUCACACUGGAUCUGUUUUUUGCCGACUGUAGUAUGUCUUAUUGUGAUGUAAUGUCUGUAUAAUGGGGAAGGUUGUUGGAGAGUUUUUUUUUUCAUGUUGACUCCUCCCAUCACAGAUGUGAAGUUAAAUUUGGCCCAAGACACCUGCAGCAGUCUCAGCAGGAAGUUCUGGAACCCUAAAAGCACCCGCCUCCACAGCUGCUGUCAAUACCGACAAGAGCUACACAUACAUGCACAUCUUAACUACCUCUACACUGUGUUUUACAGCAGACAAAUUCUGAACUAAGCACUUUUUGGAGUGUACAUGUGUUUACUUCAGCCUUCUGAUUGGAACUCAGAAGCAAAUUGCAAGGCAUAAUCUAAAGAGAAACCGGUAAGCAUGAAUAUAAUACAUAUAUACUGCAAUCACAAUCUAGCACAAGGACCCAGUCUUACAGUGAAUGAGCCCAUGGAGUCUUCAUGCUCAGUUGGGCAUGCAGUUGGUAAAUGUGUGACUCUAUUGUCAGACUGAGACUAAUCAUGUGCAAAGUUAUACUUGAGGAUUUUUAAAUAAUGUGCAACAGUGCAAUAACAAACAAUGGCACCCAAUCCCAAAUCAAGGCCAGUAUCACCUUUAUUUUGCAGAGAUUUUGUGUUAGUCAUUGUGAUAUUACUCUUUUCAUGUCAACAGUGCAGCUACAUUUGUCAUAUUGAGUCUGCUAGUUGUAAUGUAACUAGAACGUAUGACUCUAUGGUAGAACACAUCUACACAGACUCGUUUAGUCAGCCAGGUCAGCUAGUUUAUGACAUGCAAUGAAAGUGAGGUGAGAAAUCCUCCCUUCCUACUGAUCCUGGAUUACCUGCAGUUAAAGCAGCUUACAGAACAUGUUCUGCAGGUUAAAUAGGUGACUUCAGACCACUGCCUACUUGGACAUUGUUUCCCUUCAGCGGGAUUAGCUCAAACAGGAAAAUGUCUCGUCUGUAAACCAAUGUGCAAAAAUAUACUCACGUCUGUCUGCUUAAAUCAGACACCUGGCAGACAAUUCCCUCUGGCAUAUGUAUAUAGUCUGUCAUAUUGAUUAUUCUGUAACCAAGGGGAUGUGGUGAAGUGAUCCUCUGCUCUGUGCAUGGUGUUUAUGAAGAGGAGAUUAGCUGAAUGUAGCUGACUAUUUGAAUAUUUCUGCUUGGGCCUGAAAAAUAUGCACACUAAUUAUCAUUAUUACCAUAAAGCCCUUCUUUAUGUAGACUGGCGUAUAGUAUGCAUUGAAUAUAGAUGCAGCAUGAAACGUGAAACUUAUUUUUCCUACGUUGGAAACGAGCUAUAUGACAAAAUCACAAGGCCUAAUUAGACUAUCUCUGCAGCUGGUCUAAUCAGACUAUUUCCGUUGGGGAUAUGCAGGCCAUUAUACCAGCAUAAUUGUCUUUUAUUUUUAGGGAGGUACAUCUCUUCCUUAUGCUAGGGUGGCGUACCAAUACCUGUUGUCUUGCAGGCGAGAAAAUAAGUGACAUCUCUGUUUUUCAGGGAAGUAGCUUUGACACAAAUAAUUGAAAAGGCUGCAAGGUCAUAACGCAGUGUUAUCUCAUGCACGAUGACUCAGCAAAUGUUCUCUUGUCCAGCUGCUUUCCAAUAGGCUGUUUUAAUGCAAAGUUUAUGAGGAGGGGGCGGAUAACUAUGCACUAUCCACUUGUCUGAGUCUGGUUUUGUGUGUGUGUGAUCCGUCCAACACUCGACUCAACAGUGGAGUGUGAUGUCAUUCACUGUCUGUAUACGUCACUGAAAAAGGCUGGAAGGCAGCGAGAGGAAUGUUGUUUAUUUUCACCCUGCGCCAGAAGAUCCUGAGCUCAGUUAGUCACAGCAAAGUGUGUUUUUUGGGGGGGUUUUUUGCGACGCUUGUUCACACCAUGUAGUUCUGUCCUCCAGUUGUGCAUGCAGAUCUUGAAAUGACUCAUUGGUGCAGUUAAUCCACUAAUAGUUUAUGGAGCAAAUCUGUCAGAAUGGUUGUGAAAUUACAAGAAGUUCUAUCAGUAUUCUACAUAUAACUUGAAAUUGCUAAUAAGCCAUUAUCUAUGGUUCUUGCUCCCAGCGGCUUAAUGUCCUCAGCGGUUUGCUGUCCCAGAUCCACAACAGAAGUUUGAGUUAUAGGUUUAAAGAGACCUUCAUCCCUCCCUUUCACAAAACUAGACUUAUUCUGGACUUAUGAACUUAAUCUCUGAUACGAAAUCAAUACGUUUUGCUCCACUUUGACACUUGUGGUGAAUGUGAGGCUCAGUUUUUUGCUGGCAUGGCCCACACAGAGGACUAUCUGCGCCUCAGACGAGAGAGCUACCAACCAUUGUGCCCACACAUCGCCGCUAAGGGAAGGCCUGAAUCUGCACAUGAGAAUACUCGCUGUAACACAUGCACAAUGAUGAAUCUCACAAUCUGUGCUCCCACACAGAUGGUCGCUGCAUUUUGUCAUCCCACUGUCUCCGGUGCAUUCCAAGCAUGCAGAUGUUGUAUUCGUUAAUUUGUUAGUCAUUUAUGUAUUCAGUUGACCAAAAAAAGCAGCCCAGUGUUUCCACAGACUACCGAUCGAGAUGCAUCACCUCUCCCUCGCGCCUAACUUGUGCUCUUGUUCAUGACCCCUGCAGAACACGAGAAAUCAAUUUAUCUCCACACCCAUCCCUUCUCAUGUCUAUCUACACCGCUGGUUCUGUUGUGCUCAGGCAUCGUGUGGGGAAAAAGCCUUCUGGCAGCAGACGAGCUCUUCAGGUUAAAGCGGGGUUCUAAAAUAAAACCAAACUACCGAGAGAAUAAAGAGAGCAUUACGUUCACCGAGCUACAAAAUCACCAUCUCUGACAUCCAACUUCCUGCAAUUCACAAACACAGCAGCAGUUGUGUCCAGUUUUAUAUUUAUAACCCUUAUUUUUCUCCUCUCUCUCUCUGGUAGAAUGGUAGCCAGUCGUCUGUACACUGUAUCCAUGACAACUGAGUACUCGGUGAUUUGUAUUCAACUUCACUUAAUGUCAAAUUUAGCCAGAGCCCGGUGAUACUUUCAGUGGAAAGAAGGGUUAUCUCUCAAACACUGUGAUGUCACGAAUUUGACAUCAUCACAUUCAGACACACAAACGAUGCUUGGAGCCAUAAACCCGACCUCCAUCCUUAGCGAAGGAAUUAGCACCAUCUGUUUUUACAUAAGUGGUUUUGAAUGUACUUCUGAUAGAAUUUGUUUUAUAAUUCAAUAGUGAUGAUGGAUUGCAUAACCAAUAAGAGUGUUUAGCAGCACAGAAAGUGACUUUGCUUACAUGCAUAAUAAGUGCUUUUCCUCUGCAUCAUGCCAGCCCUGUGUUUCAUAUCAACACCAGGAAUGUCGAUCAUUAAAACAUGAAUCACACUUUUUUUUUGGCCUCACAGUGCUCUACAACAUAGCAAUCUGUACCCAUUUACAUCUCAAAGACCUGAAUGUGCAUUGUGAAGAGCAGAUGUGGAAUGUAGAAACAGAAAAGAAGCUCUUUCACGGUAAUGGACACUUGUCUCCCCCCACUUAGUCCACUCUCACUAUCUAUGAAGAUCCUGCAGCUAAGAAACCAAAUUAAAAGCUAAUCGAUGGGUUUGCUUAAUGCCAGUGGGCCCAAUUUGGGGAUGAAAGUGCUCUUUUGCUCCAUGUGCCUCUCUGUCCCCAUUCAUAUUGAAAUGAGGAAUAAAUAUGGUUAUUCAAGCUUUUACACAUUUUCAGAUGUAACCAUCUACUGCAUGCAGGCUUCUUUACUGUUUUGGAAGAAGGGGACUGCCCUCCUACGAGCCCUUUUUUAAAAUUCAAAUGACGGGGUAUUUGUGAAUUCAAUACACAGAAGAGUCUGUUCCAGUUCUAGUAGCUGAAAAUGUCGCUCUGUGGUUUUAAUGGGUCAACUGCAAAUAAACCAGAUCACUCAAAGUUGUGAGAUUGAGGUUUCUGAAGUUUGCAAAUAUAGAAACCCGGUGGUCUAUAAGAAAAAUCAUCUCUGUGUGAAUAAGCAGCGAGCAUUGAUUGUACAAUCUGACAAGAGUCUCUUUGUAAAAUAAAUAAAUACAUUACAAACCCA